AUGACCUACGACACACUGCGUUUCCGUCUCCAAAGGGCAGUCUACCUGCUCGCCUCAACCUCACCGCACACGCCCUUCACCAAAGAAAUUUACCCUUCUGGGAACGCACCGAGGUCACCACCCAAACUUGCAAUCGUGGCGAAUGUUAUUUGCGGCAAGACGAAUCACGAUUGCAUCUCAUGUCCGUGGCCGUGUCCCCGACGGCCACAAAGCGGUCACGGAUGGCGACGUAGCAGACCGUUGCUAGGUACUGACCAUGGAGCAAUAUGUCUGCAUUGCUGUUCGCUCUACACGACGUCCACUCCAUCUGCAUCCAGUGCUCAAUGGGGAAAAGCGUGUUCGACUUCAUUGCCAUAUCUCACCCUCGAUUGGGACGGUUCUUGUGAGUCAGGCACGGCAAACCUUAUACAAGAUUCCUUCACACUGGCUGGCCUUUUCAAGUACUCGCAAAUGGGCUGUGCCACUUCCACCAAGCUCAGAGUACCCCCCUGGUUACGACUUUCGCCACCCACAAUCGUUCCUCCCGUCCCACAUGGCGUGGGCGUCGUUCAUCCAAACUCCGAACUCCUCUCCGCCGCUACGGUACCAUGA